GGGCGCUUUUAAAAGGCGUACUGAACCAAGCACGCAUAUUUAAAGAAUAUUAUAUUAUCCUCAAGAACAUUACAAUGCAGGCUGCAAGCGCAGCUAAGACCAACAAACGUGUUUAGGCUCUUCAGCAGAGAAACUGCCAUGAAAUGAUAAUACUACUGAUGGCAUAAUGAUUAGAUACAGCCGUUCGAGAUGAUUUGGUAUGAUUAGUUUGUUAAUAUAACAGCAAACGCGAGUUAAAACACGACGUGCCACUUAGGCAUCCACCCACUGUAGACCGGAUGAACUUGACAGAAUGAACGGGAAACGUUUGCAAGUUUCGUCCUCUAACAGCAACCGUCGCCCCUGAAUUUUAGCUCGUCGCUAUUUCAUCACCAGUUCGUUUAUUUCUUCAGACGGCGGGAAAUGCGACGCGCCGAGCCGCGCGAGGACACGGCGAAACGCGCGAAAUCACCGAGACCUGUUCGUUGAAGGCACCGGCGUCCGUUGCCGCGCGAACAUGUCGGAACCGAGAGUAAAGCGAAUAAAAACGUGCCUUCCCCUCUGUGAAACGCAUUUAUCUUCCGCUGAGAGUCCGGCGAGGCAAAACUUCCCGACUGUCGUGGAGGAAGGUCUGUGUGGGGUUUCCACUUUGCUUAUGGAGGUCUCUUACAGACUGGAAGCGCUGGCCGAAACCUUCGAGCGGAGUGAUCUGGCUUUACCCAGAGUCUCAGCGUAUUUUCAUCAGGAAUCGGCGAAGGAACUAGAGCGGGCGGAAACCAUGCUGCAGUAUCUGUCCCAGCGCGGAGGAAAACACUGCAGCAAGAACAUCCAGAGGCCGGGCGCUGAAGGUGUGCGUGCUGUCCUUCCUGCUCUGGAGCUCACGCUGGACCAGUGGAAGGAGGAGAUGAGCGUCAUGCUGGAGCUGAAUCAGCUGGCGUGUGAGUACGGAGACCCACACACCGCCAGCGUUAUCAAGAGUCGCUUCAUUCAGCCCCUCGCCCCGAAGGUCAAACUCGUCGGUGACCUCUUGACCGGCGCUCGCAGAGACGGCACGGGCGGCUUCGGCGAGUACCUCAUCGACCGGCUGCAAGACACGCUGACCGCUUAGACUUCCUCUCCGUUAACCGUUUAAGAAGCAGGUUUGCGCCGUAAAAAGUGAUUAUUCAGAGUAAUCAGUUACACAAAGAUCACUGAAGGGCCUUUUACAAUUACAAAAACGAAAUGCAAUGCAUUUGUGAAAUUUACAGGCCUAAUAAUGUUAAUACCUAAUAUAUAGGUAUAUAUUUUUAUAGUAAGGUAUUUUUUUUUUGUGACUCUUCGGCCCUAAACAAAAUACAUAUUACAUAUCACAUAUUGUCUGAAACAGAUUACAUAUUGGUCCAAAAGGGAAAAUAAAGUGCAUAAAUGCACUCAAAAUAGUGCCAGGUUUGCAUGCAACAAGUCUUUCCAGUUAGAUUUUUUAAUGUCCUUCCAGUAAAAUCAAUGUGUUCUUCAGUAAACUUAUGCAGUAAGCUGAAUAAGAGUUUAAACUCUCUUAUUAUUAUUAUUAUUAUUAUUAUUAUUAUUAUUAUUAUUCACUUUGCAGUGCUUCACAGUUAUGUAUGUAACACUCCAUCAACACUAUGUGUGAAAAACACAUUUCUUUCAAAAAGCCUUCUUUUUAAAAGUAAAUCUAUACACUUUGUUCAUUGAGCGGUAUUUCAUAUUAAAAUGGCAUUUGUAUUUUUGCUAAAUUUUUGAAUAUUUUACCUUAGACUUUUGCUGUAUGUUAUUCUGCACCGUUUUGAAUAAACUUUUUACGAAUAAA